AUUGGCUGCCUUCCCCUUUCGCGUGGCCUGCCAUUGGCUCUCGCCUUCCGCCCCGUUAACACUGGACUAACUUCCUCGACUUACUUUUCAUGCGGACCAAUUAAGGUCGCGAGCUUGAAAAAGUUACAGCCAGGGAGUCAGUUCUCCCCGCCCGCCACACGACAGCAGAGAUGAAGCCCCGGCAGCUGUUCAUUGCCAUGAAAGAUUUUACGGGGGAAACCAGGGUGGGUAGGGAAGUGAAGGUGUCCAGAGGCAGUUUGCUGAGUCAAGAGGAGGCCUGUGAGGGUUCUCCUGAUGGGACGUUCUGGGCCAGGGUCCUGGACAUAGACAAGGUGGUCCGAGUACCUCCAUCAGCAAUCCAGGAGCUGAGCAGGGCUCGUUUUGGGCUCCUGGAAGCGGUGACCAAUGGAGACGAGCGCCUGGAGCUUUUCCAGCAGGAGCGGUUGAUGCACAGGCUCAGUGCCCUCCAGAAGGGGGACCCAGUACGGGUUCAAAUCACCUCCGCUUCCGGGCAGAAAGUUCAAGGCAUCAUCAGAUACCGGGGACCCAUAGAUAAGAGCAAGCAUGAUACAAGCAUCAUCUUUGGGGUGGAGCUGGUGGGCUCAGCAGCUGGGAAGGGCUUCACCAAUGGUUCCUUCAAAGGGCAGAAGUUCUUCUCUUGCAGUGAGAACUGUGGUGUCUUUGUGCCCGUCAACCGGAUUGAGCCGGACGACUCCGCCGAGGGCAGCCCACUGGCUCCAAAAAGCACCAUCCGGGAAUGCACCAGGAUCCAGCUGACAUCAGGAGAUCCCCUGUUGUCUCCAGAGCUGGAGAUUGGGGACCGCGUUUUCUUCAAGAUGGAUGACAGCACCCCUACAGGCACUGUGUUGUUCUGUGACCACCUUCCCAAGAAACUGGAGGCUGGGGUGUUUGUGGGGAUUCGCCUGGACAAGCCCAUUGGUUCCUGGGACGGUUACUUCAAAGGACAACUGCUCUGCAAAAUCCCAUCUCCAGAAUACGGGAUGCUCCUGCCGAUAUCCAAAGUGCAUAAAGAACAAGCCGAUAGAAGCCCUGAAUCUUUAGCCAGCAGUUCCUCCCUGUCUACCUCAGAUGACUAUGAAGAUUGUCCAUCCCCCUCGUCCAUCAGGUAUCCUCCAAGGAUGGAAGAGUGUGCCCCCAGGGAGCCCUUAAGCUUGCUUCCAUCUGCAGAUCUGGAGGACCACAAGAAGAAAAGGAGAGGAUCUUUGGAGAAGAAAAAGGAGGAGGAAGAGGAAGAGGAGAAUGGUGACUUCACUGAUAUCCAUGGACCAUAUAGCCAUCAUCUCUUGGAGAUCAAUUCCAUGGUGGAGGUCAACAACCCACCAAUCUACGGGGUGAUCCGCUGGAUCGGGGAGCUACCUGAUGUGGAUGAGACCAUUGCAGGACUGGAGUUGGAGGAGCCGUUACCUUCGGGCUGUACGGAUGGGCAGUACAGAGGAGUCUACUACUUCCACUGCCAGCCAAACAAGGCACUCUUUGUCAAACUGCGCCAUUGUCGUCCAGACUCUCGCUUUGGCACCCUGCAGAAUCCGGAAAAUCCCAUUUCACGCUGCAACUCCCUGGAUUUCCGUGUGUACGCCAGCAGCAGGGUGGAAGAGAACACGCCGCCGCCACCGUUGGGCACCCAGGGCAUGGAGCAUCUCUCAGGUUGGAAGAAGGGCAUCCAGGGACACUGCAAUUCCUGCUACUUGGAUGCCACACUUUUCUGUAUGUUUACUUUCACCUCUGUGUUGGAUUCAAUGUUGCUCCGGCCUGCAGAUGAGAAUGAUGGGGAAUGUUACAUCGAGACACGGGACCUGCUGCGGACAGAGAUUGUCAACCCGUUGCGCAAGAAUGGCUAUGUCUGUGCCACUAAAAUCAUGGCUCUGCGGAAAGUUCUGGAAACGGCUGGGCAUUCUUCAGGAUUCACCAGUGAAGAAAAAGACCCGGAGGAAUUUCUUACCCUUCUGUUCCAGGUGCUGAAGAUGGAGCCGCUCUUCCAGAUUCGCUCAGCUCACAAGGAUCCUCAUGGCUGCAUCUUUUACCAGAUAUUUGUUGAAGACCACUCGACCCGAGCAGUGCCCACAGUUCAAGAACUCCUAGAGGGCUCGCUCAUCACUGGGGACCUCAAAUUCACAGAGGCCCCCUCCUGCCUCAUCCUGCAGAUGCCCCGAAACGGAAAAAACUUCAAGGCCUUCCGCACCAUUCAGCCCAGCCUGGAACUGGACCUCACUGAUCUUCUGGAAGAAACCCUCCGGGAGUGCUGCAUUUGUCAAGGACUAGCGGUGACCGAGUGUCCAGAUUGCUACAAGGACCCCAACUUUGGACCUCAGCACAUCAGGCAGUUCUGCAGGAUCUGCUGUCAGCAGGUUCACAAGCACCAGGCGCGACGUGGCCACCAUCCCCGUCCUUUGCAUUUGCCAGAGGAGCUGUCCUGCUUGGACCCCCUGCCUGAGGUCAUCCCCCGCCAGACCAUGCAGCUGUUUGGCGUCCUCUGCAUUGAGACCAGCCACUAUGUGGCAUUCACCCGCCAUGGCCCAGAUGUCCACCAGUGGCUCUUCUUCGACAGCAUGGCUGACCGCGAGGGUGGGCUGAAUGGUUUCAACAUCCCUCGUGUCACGCCCUGCUCCGAGGUGGCAGACUUCUUGGAAAUGUCCCCUGAGGAACUCCAGCGCCUGGAUCCCAAGUCCUUGCCCACUUACGCCCGUCGUCUGCUCUGUGAUGCCUACAUGUGCUUCUACCACAGCCCUUCCCUUGGUCUCUACAAAUAAGCUUGUGGGUGAAGAAUGUGAGAUUUCUGGAGGAAGGCACAAAUGCUCCAGGGAUGUGGCUGGAACUUAGAGCAUUUGGGAUGGCCCCAGCAAACAAGCCAGAAACAUGAGGUCCAACUGUGUGAGGCUGGCUUCUGUUUCUCAGCAGCACCGUUCAUCCUGAUUGACUCUGAGUAAUCUCAUCGGUAGAGGCAUCCAUAGCUGCUGUGUUGGGAUCAGCCUGUGCCAAUGGCAGAAAUUAGCUCAAGGCAUGCUGGGUGCCUUUCCCAACCAGUCGUCUCCUUCCCAAGCUUUUGUUUGUUCCUGGUGACUCCUCCUCACUGACACAAAAGCACCAGGCUGCUUUGCAUACCUAAAGACAAUUCACAUUUGUAUUUCGGGUGCUCACUCCACACUUGGGUGGGAAACUCCACUUGGCUUGCUUGGCCUGGUGCAUGUUCACUGGAGCAGCUUACCCAGAAGGGCAUUCUCCUUAGCCCAUGAAUCUACCCAAAGCCACUUCAUUUUCUGACUGUAGGUGAAUUGCAAUCCAUGAUCUUUUCGGUGGCGGCACCCGAUACUUGCAAUUCACUCUCUAAUCAAGCCCACCUAGUGCCCACUGCUGCCCUUUCUAUCCCAGAUGAAAACAGCUUCACACAGGUAUUUAAGCCUGCUUGUCACUGUUUUUUGUUUUAGAUGGUGUUUGUGGAUCUUAUUGUUAGGCACUGGGCACAGCUGCAGUGUCAAUGAAGAUACAUCCACUGUAAACUUUUCAUAUUUGGUUUGCACUGCUUUGAGGGGUGCUGCCCUGGAACCUGAAACCAAAAGGCAACUUACACAUUUAAAAAAAAAAAAAAAAAAGAUACCCUUUCCUUUUUGAAGUUGAGUGUGUUUUUAUUAAAAGCUCCAGAAUCAG